CGUCGAUCGUCCAGAUCCUGCAAACACCAAGUUUUUCUUUCUUUCUUUCUUCAUUUAAACAAUCUUAACGAUGAGACUAUACUCGAUCUUGAUUUUACAGAAAGUCCAAGACAAGGCACAGGUUCUUGCUUCGCAGUUCGAUCUGUCUAGCUUUGGUUAUUUCCAACGCAGCAGUGUACAGGAAUUUAUGAACUUCUCGUCUACAACGAUUGCAGAACGUACCCCAACUGGUCAACGACAAAGUGUUGAGAGUGAAAAUAACGUGGCGCACGUCUACGGUCAUCCUCAAGGCAUUUGGGGUAUGGUUAUCAGCGACAAGGAAUACCCAUCUAGAGUUGCGUUUGCGUUGUUAAACAAAAUUUUGGAUGAGUUCUUGGUCAAGUUUCCACGUGAUAAAUGGAACCCUCCACUGAGCUAUCCCGAGCUUAAUGAUUAUUUGAGCAAAUAUCAAGACCCAAAGCAGGCAGAUACGAUCAUGCGAGUGCAGAAUGAAUUGGACGAGACAACGGCGAUCUUGCACAAAACCAUUGAGUCGGUACUUCAGCGUGGAGAAAAGCUGGAUUCUUUGGUGGACAGAUCUGAGGCCUUGUCGAGCCAAUCCAAGAUGUUCUACAAGACUGCAAAGAAGACCAACUCCUGCUGUGUCGUAAUGUAGAGACGUUUAUCAUUACCAAACAACAACUUUGUCCUUACAUAUUAUCACUUGGUGUGUCGGCCACCCUCUCGCUCUUACACACGCUUCCUAUCUCUCGUUCUCUCUCUCCUUCUGUGUUGUGGCGCUCGUCCCCUCUUAUAUUACUCUAUAUACACAUUUCGAAUCCUCUUUCCCCGAAUAAACUGCUGUGAUGGACCGAGGGAAAUUUGAUGUGAUUGGAGGGCUAGCUCACGCAAUUUCAGUAAUCACACUAGUACAUCACAACACCAGCAACAUCAUCACCGCCUCUAAACCAUGUAAUAAUAAACCAACCAUAGUGGAAUAUUAGAACAUAUACACUACCCCUCUUGCCCCCUUUUAUACAUUAAACAGUAGUAGACGAUAUCAUUAUAGAGUCAACAACCACCGAAAUAAGGUGAGUGUUACACGUAAAAGCUUAUUCAGAGCUGUCAUUGGCUGCUUUAAGGAUUUCUUAU